AUGUGUUCUAAGUCACAGGCCCAGGGAGAACCGUUACUCUACAACCACUUUGUAGAGGGUACUGUCACUCUACCACAGGCCCAAAACAUCGUAGAGAGUAUCGUCACUCUACCACAGGCCCAUUACUUCGCACAUCAGUUCGUAGAGGGAACUGUCACUCUACCACAGGCCCACCACUUCGUAGAGGGUACUGUCACAUUACUAGAGGCCCACCACUUCGUAGUGGGAACUGUCACUUUACUAGAAUCCAACCACUUCGUAGAGGGUACUGUCACUCUACCACAGGCCAGGCACUUCGUAGAGAGAACAGUCACUCGACCAAAGGCCCACCAAUUCGUAGACGGUACUGUCACUCUAACACAGGCCCAUCAGUUCGCCCACCAUUUUGUAAAGGGUACUGUCACUCGACCACAGGCCCACCAAUUCGUAGAGGGUACUGUCAGUCUACCACAGGCCCAUCAGUUCGUAGAGAGUACAGUUACUCGACCACAGGCCCACCACACCGCAAAGAGUACUGUCAUUCUACUAGAGGCCCACCACUUCGUAGAGGGUACUGUCACUCUACUAGAGGUCCACCACUUCGUAAAGGAUACUGUCACUCAACCACAGGCCCACCACUUCGUAGAGGGUACUGUCACUCUACUAGAGGCCCACCACUUCGUAAAGGGUACUGUGACUCUACCACAGGCACACCACUUUGUAGAGGGUACUGUCACUCUACCACAGGCCCACCACUUCGAAGAGGGGACAGUCAUUCUACCACAGGCCCACCACAUCGUAGAGGGUAUUGUAACUCCACCACAGACCCAUCAGUCCGUAGAGGGUACUGUCACUCUACCACAGGCCCAUCAGUUCGUAGAAGGUACUGUCACUCUAACACAGGCCCACCACUUCGUAGAGAGUAAUGUCACUCUACCACAGGGCCACUACUUCGUAGAGGAGAGUAUUGUCACUCUACCACAGGCCCACCACUUCGAAGAGAGUAAUGUCACUCUACCACAGGGCCACCACUUCGUACAGGGUACUGUCACUCUACCACAGGCCCACCACUUCGUAGAGAGUACUGUCACUCUACUAGAGGUCCACUACUUCGUAGAGGGUACUGUCACUCAACUAGAGGCCCACCACUUCGUAGAGGGUACUGUCACUCUACAACAGGCCCACCACUUUGUAGAGAGUAAUGUCACUCUACCACAGGGCCACUACUUCGUAGAGGAGGCACACCGCUUUGUAGAGGGUACUGUCACUCUACCACAGGCCCACCACUUCGAAGAGGGGACUGUCUUUCUACCACAGGCCCACCACUUCUUAGAGGGUCUUGUCACUCCACCACAGGCCCAUCAGUUCGUAGAGGGUACUCUCACUCUACCACAGGUUCACCACUUUGUAGAGAUUACUGUCACUCUACUAGAGAUACAUCACUUCGUAGAGAGUACUGUCACUCUACCACAGGCCCACCACUUCGUAUUGAGUAAUGUCACUCUACCACAGGGCCACCACUUCGUAGAGGGUACUGUCACUCUACCACAGGACCACCACUUCGUAGAGAGUACUGUCACUCUACUAGAGGUCCACCAUUUCGUAGAGGGUACUGUCGCUCUACUAGAGGCCCACCACUUCGAAGAGGGUACUGUCACUCUACUACAAGCCCACCACUUCGUAGAGAGUAAUGUCACUCUACCACAGGCCCACCACUUCGUAGAGAUUACUGUCACUCUACUAGAGGUCCACCACUUCGUAGAGGGUACUGUCACUCUACUAGAGGCCCAUCAGUUCGUAGAGGGUAGUGUCACUCUACCACAGGCCAACCACUUCGUAGAGGGUACUGUCACUCUACUAGAGGCCAAUCAGUUCGUAGAGAGUACUGUCACUCUACCACAGGCCCACCACUUCGUAGAAGGUACUGUCACUCUACUAGAGGCCCACCACUUCGUAGAGAGUACUGUCACUCUACCACAGGCCCACAACUUCGUAGAGGGUACUGUCACUCUACCACAGGACCAUCACUUCGAAGUGGGUACUGUCACUCCACCACAGGCCCAUCAGUUCGUAGAGGGUACUGUCACUCUACCACAGACCCAUCAGUUCGUAGAGAGUACUGUCACUCUACCACAGGCCCACCACUUCGUAGAGGGUACUGUCACUCUACCACAGGCCCAACACUUCGUAGAGGGGACUGUCACUCUACCACAGGCCCACCACUUCGUAGAGAGUACUGUCACUCUACUAGAGACCCAUCACUUCGUAGAGAGUACUGUCACUCUACCACUGGCCCACCAUUUUGUUGAGGAUACUGUCACUCUAUCACUGGCCCACCACUUCGUAGAGGGUACUGUCACUCUACUAGAGGCAGACCACUUCGUAGAGAGAAUUGUUAUUCUACCACAGGCCCACCACUUCGAAGAGGGUACUGUCACUCUACCACAGACCCACCACUUCGUAGAGGGUUCUGUCACUCUACUAGAGGCCCACCACUUCGUAGAGGAGGGUACUGUCACUCUACCACAGGCCAACCACUUCGUAGAGAGUACUGUCACUCUACUACAGGCCAAUCAGUUCGUAGAGAGUACAGUCACUCUACUAGAGACCCAUCACUUCGUAGAGAGUACUGUCACUCUACCACGGACCCACCACUAUGUAGAGGGUACUGUCACUCUACUAGAGGCCCACCACUUCGUACAGAGUACUGUCACUCUACCACAGGCCCACAACUUCGAAGAGGGUACUGUCACUCUACCACAGGCCCACCACUUCGUAGAGGGUACUGUUACUCUACUAGAGGCCCAUCAGUUCGUAGAUGGUACUGUCACGCUACUAGAGGCCCACCACUUCGUAGAGGGCCCACCACUUCGUAGAGGGUACUGUCACUUACCACAGGCCCAUCAGUUCGUAGAGAGUACCGUCACUGGAUCACAGGCCUAUCACUUCGUAGAGAGUACCUUCACUCUACCACAGUCCCACCACUUCGUAGAGGGUACUGCCACUCUACCACAUGCCCACCACUUCGUACAGUGUACUGUCACUCUACCACAGGCCAACCACUUCGUAGAGGAGGGUACUGUCACUCUACCACAGGACCAUCACUUCGUAGAGUGUACUGUCACUCUACCACCGGCCCACCACUUUGUAGAGGGUACUGUCACUCUACCACAGGUCUACCACUUCGUAGAGGGUACUGUCACUCUUUCUCAGGCACACCACUUCGUAGAGGGUACUGUCACUCUACCAAAGGCCCACGACUUCGUAAAGAGUACUGUCACUCGACCACAGGCCCAAAACUUCGUAGAGCGCACUGUCACUCUACAAGAGGCCCAGCACUUUGUAGAGGGUACUGUCACUCUACUAGAGGCCCACAACUUCGUAGAUGGUACUGUCACUCUACCACAGGCCCAUCAGUUCGUAGAGGGUACUGUCACUCUACCACAGGCCCAUCUGUUCGUAGAGAGUACCGUCACUCGACCACAGGCCCACAAUUUCGUAGAGAGUACUGUCACUCUACCACAGGCCUACAACUUCGAAGAGGGUAUUGUCACUCUACCACAGGCCCACCACUUCGUAGAGGGUACUGUCACUCUACUAGAAGCCCAUCACUUCGUAGAGAGUACUGUCACUAUACCACAGGCCCAACACUUCGUAGAGGGUACUGUAACUCUACCACAGGCCCAUCAUUUCGUAGAUGGUACUGUCACUAUACCACAGGCCCAUCAGUUCGUAGAGGGUACUGUCACUCUUCCACAGGCCCAUCAGUUUGUAGAGAGUACCGUCACUCGACCACAGGCCCACCACUUCGUAGAGGGUACUGACACUGUUCUACAGGUCCAUCAGUUCGUAGAGGGUACUGUCACUCUACCACAGGCCCAUCAGUUCGUAGAGGGUACUGUCACUCUACUAGAGGCCCACCACUUCUUAGAGAGUACUGUCACUCUACCACAGGCCAACCACUUCUUAGAGAGAACUGUCACUCUACCACAGGCCCACCACUUUGUAGAGGGUACUGUCACUGUUCUACAGGUCCAUCAGUUCGUAGAGGGUACUGUCACUCUAUCACAGGCCCACCACUUCGUAGAGGGUACUGUCACUCUACCACAGGCCCACCACUUUGUAGAGAGUACUGUCACUCUACCACAGGCCCACCACUUCGUCCACCACUUUGUAGAGGGUACUGUCACUCUACCACAGGCCCAUCAGUUCGUAGAGGGUACUGUCACUCUACUAGAGGCCCACCACUUCUUAGAGAGUACUGUCACUCUACCACAGGCCCACCACUUCUUAGAGAGAACUGUCACUCUACCACAGGCCCACCACUUCGUAGAGAGUACUGUCACUCUACCACAGGCCCACCACUGCGUAAAGGGUACUGCCACUCUACUAGAUGCCCACCACUUCGUAGAGAGUACUGUCACUCUUUCACAAGCCCACCACUUCGUAGAGAGUACCGUCACCUUAUCUUAA